AUGGAAAGUCAAGAGGAGGACGGUGAUUCGAACGAAAAUCAAGAGCCUGCGAACGCCGCGUAUCUCGCAAUAAACAAGAGCCAUAGUCAGGAGCAGCAGUCGGUCACGUGUUGGUUGUACGUUUCACCCACGAACAACGGUCUCGAGCAAGCAUCGGCAGCAGCUGCAGCAGCACCAGCAGUGGUCGACCAUGGUCUACCACGAGCGAGCCUCGAGGAAGCGAUUCGCGCUGUCGAUCCAUUAGCCGACUGGCAUGUCUCGGAGACGCGAUGCGGUUUGAUCGCUGGUUUCGCUAGAGAAGCUGACGCUGAUAAAUUACUUCAGAGGGGAGAUCUCGCAAGGAUCUUUCAGUGUCCCGUGCAGGUGGCACGUUUCUGCGAGCGAGACACGCGCUACCGCCAAGCAGUUCUAUUGCGCGAUGUGCCCUGGGCCAUACCCUUGCAAGAUCUCAAUUCGGCGCUGGGGCGUCAAGGCAUCGAGACAGGAAGCAUCGAGAGACUGCGACACUACGUGCGCGUCGAGGUCCUCGAACCAAAUCAAUACGAGCAACUCCUCCGUCAAGGCUUAGACUUCUUCGGUGCAGCACGCUUCACGGCAAUUCCCGAGCGCUGGUGGCGUAACAACGGUAGUAGUGGGCCGAUUUUGCAGAAUCCCUUUGCUAGUAAUGGGAAUCAAGUGGUCGAAGGGAAUUCAAGUCAACAACAGCAGCAGAACGACGAUGUACUCCAGUGUUAUCGGUGCCAGGGGUUCUGGCAUGUCGCAGCUAAUUGCCGUCACCUGCCGCGUUGCGUUCGAUGCGGCGAACCGCAUAGCGUUGAAUUCUGCUCGAGACCAAGGAAUAAUCCGAUUUGCUGUCAUUGCUCCGGUCCUCACCAUGCUGGCUAUCGCCAGUGCCCGGUACGGCUACAGCUGGUUAACGCUACGCAAGUUAGUCUGACUGUGAGUGCCAAUCGCUUGAAUUCCAACGCUUCGUCUGGCCAGACGCUGUUCAACUACAAUAAACCAAGUAGCAAUGCGGCAUCAACAUUCCCGACACAGAAGCCAUCCUAA